UUUGACAAGACAAAACAGACCAGAUAGGGACGCCGAGAAGGAGGGAGGGUUGAAUGCAAUGAAGAGGAGAGGGGCGGACAGGCUACCUUCCAAGAGGGUCCUAGCGCAGCGCCGCGCAUGGGAGGCGGGGCAGAGAUCUUUAUGACUCUCCCUCCCUUUCCCCCUUCUUCUUUCAAGCGCUUUAAGGUUUUCGCCGCGGGUUGACAAACUCCCCGCCUUCCUUCCUGACUUCGCACGACGCCACACUCUGUGGACUGGGAUCGUUUGGCCCGCUUGGCUGGAGACAGAGAAGUGUCGGGAAGAGAAGAGUUAGUCAGCAACAGAGGAGGAGGAAGCAGAGGAGGAGGAGGAGGGCACGACGGAGUCAUGGAAAACCCUCUGCAGCCGCAGCAAGAGCAGCCCGGCUGGGGGGGAGGCAGAACCUGCGUGUCGAGGCUGGGCUGAGGCGGGCAGGUGCGGGGGUCGUGUUGCUUGCGCGAGGAGGCCAAGCAGCAGCCGCAGCGGCUGCUCAUUCGCUCCCCAUCUCACUAGAGUCGCCCGGGCUUGGGGAAGCGACGGACAGUCACGGAGGAGGAGGAGAACGAUGAGGCAGCUGCGACAGUCGCCUCUGUCUCAAGGCGCGUAAGGACAGGGAAGGAGGGCGCCCGCCAGCCAGCCAAGCGGAGGAGACGGGGGCAGCGGCUGAGGUGCGCGCCUGUUGCGGGCGUGAGGAAGGAGCGGGGCUAGAAGCCAGGCUGAUAUGGGGCAGGUGAGGGGCUGAGUGGAAGGAGAAAGAGGUGGGGAGCCUUUUAUUGGCCGCCGCGCGGGUCAGGCAGGCGAGAGGAGAGGAGCCGGCUCAGGCUUUUUACGGGCAUUUGUCGCGAGGGGCAGGCUUUUGUGGGCUAAGAGUAUAUUGGAGAAGAGGGGGGUUGGCAAGUGACCGUUGGAAUCAGGCUUGGAGAUGGGGCGGUGAAAAUAAGCCUUUCAUUUAUCCUCCCUCGUCUCCUUUCUCCCUUCUUCUCUUCCGCCCCCUUCGCUUUUCCUCUGUCGGGUUGUGUGAGGUCAGAGCCGAGGCGAGCCAGGGAAAGGAGGAGUUUGCGCGGAGCUCGGCGGAGAUGCGGUUUUGUUUGCGCCCCUCGAAGGCGGGUCGGCUAUAACAAACCCGGGGAGCGGGAGCUUGUUGGGUUGUUCAUGUAGGCGCGCGCGCGCGCGUGUGUUUUAGGGGACGAAAGAACAAAGUGGACCAGGGCCGCUCUGUUGUCCCUUUAUCCCCCCCCCUUUGUGACAAUGAGCGUCAGCGGUUGUUGCCAGAUUGUUUUUAUUUAGGCUAGACGCGCAAGCAGGGAAUUUUGGGAGGGGGAGGAGGAGGAGGAGAUCGACAACGCUGUCCUCCUUCUGGCGCUCUCUGUAGAACAGGUAAAACGCAAUGGGCUUCAGCCUUGGUUGACACUGCCCCGUGGCUCUGUGAUUCAGAGCCUUUGAUUCAGUUGAGGGAGGGAGUGUGUAUAUGUAUUGGGAGAAGUCUAGCUUUUUGUUGUCUAAGCUUUUCUCCCGGCAGGUUAUAAAUAGACCUCAGACGCUGUGUUAAAGAAGGACACUCUGGCAAGAUCCAGGGAGGGAGGGAAGUAGGCAGGCACUGGAUGUAUUUAGCUUUUCCCGCAAGCAGGCUGCUGCCACCGCCACAAUAAAUGCCCGGAGGAGGCCUAGCUGCUAGAGAUUCUUCUGAACUGUUAAGGAUAAGGGCUGGAUUUUAUUUUACUAUUCCAACAACAAAAAGAGAGAGCAAUCUAGCUGGGGACAGCAUCACUGAGACUACAAAGAGAAGGGAGAGAAAAGAUCCUGGAUAAGACCCCCCCUUUUUUCUGAGACUUGGAAGAAAAAAAUAUUUCGACUGAAGAUGAAGCCGGACAGAGAUACUUUAGAUGAAUACUUUGAAUAUGAAGCUGAGGAAUUCCUCAUCAACUUGGCUUUGCUGAUUACUGAAGGAAGAACACCAGAAUUUUCUGUGAAGGGUAGGACUGAAGGAUUCCACUGUCCUCCAGCGCAAUCAAGCCAGCCAAUAACAACUAAACAUGAAUGCAGUGAUCAAUUGUCUCAGUGUCGUCAAGCUAGGCGCACGAGGUCCGAGGUUACGUUGUUGUGGAAGAAUAAUAUUCCUAUUAUGAUAGAAGUGAUGCUACUUCCAGACUGUUGUUAUAGUGAUGAAGGGCCCACAACAGAAGGGAAUGACAUAAACGAUCCUGCAAUCAAGCAAGAUGCACUGUUGCUAGAAAGGUGGAUUUUGGAGCCAGUUCCACGACAAAGUGGGGAUCGAUUUAUUGAAGAGAAGACCCUCUUAUUGGCUGUCCGCUCUUUUGUGUUCUUUUCUCAGUUAAGUGCUUGGCUGAGUGUUUCACAUGGAGCAGUCCCUCGUAAUAUACUCUACAGAGUAAGUGCUGCACAUGUGGAUCUUCAGUGGGCAUUUUCCCAGACACCAACUGAGCAUUUUUUCCCUGUUCCAAAUGUUUCUCACAAUGUGGCCUUGAAAGUCAGUGUCCAGUCUUUGCCUAGACAAUCUAACUAUCCAGUCCUGACCUGCAGUAUUCACACCAACCUUGGCUUUUAUGAAAAGAGGACAGAUGAGCAUAAUAUCCACCAGCACUGUGAUUCCAUUAAGGCAGAGCAAUGCAGUGUGCCCACCUCACAGCAUGCUUGUGGCAGAAUAAUGAGAACUGAAGGUUUGCUUGGUGUGAAAAAAGGCCCUGAGUUUAGUACAGCUGUCAAAAGCCUGAAACGCUACCCAUCAACUGGACCUGUGUCUGACUUUGGGGCAUCAGAAUCUAAAGGUCAAUGCUACAUGGCUGCUGUUGACAGUAAGACGUCACCACAAGAAACAUCAGAGAGAGCUUUAAAAUCGUUUUGUUUAGCUGACUCCCAUGUACAUAAUGGCUACUCUUCCCGCCAGUCAUUAGGAGAGUCUAUUCCUUUGAUAGGCUGUUUACUCCAAGAGCGACAUGAAGUUAUAGCAAGAAUUGCUCAGCAUCUGAUUCACUGUGAUCCAGCAACGUCACCUGUCAUGGGACGACCGUUCAACACAAAUGAAACAGGUUUGGUUAACUCAAAAGUUACACGCAGUGCAUAUGAAGAGGAAUGUUUGGUGAAGAAAGGAAGGGAAUUGUCCUCUACUUCUGUUGCUAACUCAGAACUUACUUCAUCAGAAAAUAGUAAUGUUGGAAAAUCUCGAAUAAGAACAGAAACACCAUUGUCUGAUUCUCAUGUUCCAGUUAACCAGUGCUCCCGCCAAACUAUAGAUGAAGCUAACCCUCUGAUAAGCUCUUUACUUCAAGAGCGGCAGGAGGUUAUAGCAAGGAUUGCCCAGCACCUGAUUCACUGUGAUCCACCCAUGUCUCAUGUUAGUCAUCCUGUGUUUAAUGUUCAUGAAAUUAGUUCAGUUAAUCCAAAGGCUUUUCACACUUCAUGUGAAGAGGACAACCUGUUGAAGAAAGGCAAGGAAAUAUUUUCAGAUCCUUUCUCUAAUUCCAGAUUGACUUCCUUGAAAGACAACCAAAAAACAAAAGGUAAAACACCAGCAACCCCUUUGAAUUCAUUUAGAUAUGAUGCAGAAUUGAAGUUGUCUCCAAAAUCCCAAGCAAGAAGGAAACUCCUGCUAGCAGAACCUAAUGAAGUAGUCCAAAACACAUUUCAGCCAUCUGAAAUCAAUAGAAAUAAAAGUCCGUUAACAGACAUAAAACAAUCAUGUAGCAAAGAAGAUUGUAAAUCUGAACUGGCAGACAAAUUAGAAUAUUUACUUUCUGGUUGCCCUCAUAAAUCUCAAGUGGUAUUGAAAGGUAUGGCCAAGCAGUGUUCAGAUUACAAUAGCAGUGAUGACCUAAUUUGCACAGAUAAACAGAAGGACAAAACAAUCACUAGCGAAAACAACAUCCCAGACUGUUUAAACAAUCCACAGUUGCAUCAGUCCAAAAUACUUGAAAAUGUGAAAGUGACGGUAACACAGGCACCUGACAGUUUGCACAAAAAUGAACUUAAGCGCUUAAAUAAAGACUCUAAACAACCAAAUAUUUGUGAACAAAACUCCCAACUGACUAGCAUUGAAAAUUAUUUACAUAAAGAUCACGAAGGUUUCAAAUGCAAAAACAAACAAGAAAAAGUGAAAAAUGCACAUGAUGAGAAUGAUGAUCCAACAGACUGUGAAGUUCAAAAACGUUCUCAGAAGAAGCCUGUAGAAGACUGCUUGGUGGCACUGCUUGAACAAAAGAAGAAUGCAGAGACGCUGUGCGCAGUACCACUAAAACACGUGUGGCAUAGAAACAAUUUUCGCCAUCUGGAUGGAACAUCUACUAAGGCUUUCCACCCUCGAACUGGAUUGCCUCUACUUUCAAGUCCUGUUCCUGAAAGAAAAACACGAUCUGGAUGUUUUGAUUUAGAUACAUCAUUAAUACAAUUGAAAUGUUUGUCCUCCAGAAGCCCACAAGAGUGCAUAAGGAGAGAGAGUGAUCCAGAUGUCUAUGAGAAACCAUUUCUGAGUUCCAGCGCACCACCCGUAACAGGUCUUAGCCUCCUUGGAAACUUUGAGGAGUCUGUAUUAAACUAUCGUUUGGAUCCCCUGGGCACUGUAGAUGGCUUCACAGCUGAAGUGGGAGCAAGUGGGGUCUUCUGUCCUACACACAUGACUCUUCCGGUUGAAGUUUCAUUCUACAGUGUUUCUGACGACAACGCGCCCUCUCCGUACAUGGGUGUCAUUGCUUUAGAGUCGCUUGGUAAAAGGGGUUACCGGGUACCUCCUUCAGGAACAAUACAAGUGACCUUAUUUAAUCCCAACAAGACUGUGGUGAAGAUGUUUGUGGUGAUAUAUGACUUACGAGAGAUGCCAGCCAAUCAUCAAACAUUCCUACGGCAAAGAACCUUUUCUGUCCCUGUGAGACGAGAAACAAAGAGAAGCAUUAAUAAAGAAAAUAGAAGACAUACUGAAGAACGACUCCUACGCUACCUCAUUCAUCUGAGGUUCCAGAGUUCUAAAUCUGGAAAGAUCUACCUCUACAGAGAUGUAAGACUCUUGUUCUCUCGAAAAUCCAUGGAAGUUGAUAGCGGCGCUGCAUACGAACUCAAAUCUUACACUGAAUCUCCAACAAAUCCUCCGUUUUCUCCCCGAUGUUAGCAAGAAGCAACAAUGAAAGUAUUUGCUCCAUUACCAGAUUACUAUUUAUUAAGAUGAACAAUUGGUGUAAAGUAUGCUGUGUAAAAGUUAAAUAGCAAAGAAAGUGAGACGGUGGACAAAUGAGAGUCAAAGCUCUUCUAGGCUCUUGGACCAGUACUUUAAAAAGCUUAUGGAAUGAGCUUUGUGUAUUCCAAGCAGACUGGAACAUACUUAGUCCUAAUCUUUUUAUACUGGUUAUAAACCACUUCAUUGGACGUGUUGCAAUAGCAGAUUCCCAAAUUAGUUUAGUGUUUACACCUUAUUUUAUUUUUUGGUUAUUUAAUAUUUAAUGUUUCUUUUACUUAAGUGAUGUUUGUCUUUACUGUUCUAAUGUAGCACAAAUCCUAUGUAAAAUCAUAUUAUGUAUUUUUGACAUUAAUAUUGAAAUCUGAAAUAUAUACAGAAGUCUUUACUUUGUGCGAUGUGUUUUUAAGUGAUACUUAAGCUGCUUAAAACAAGGAUGGGAUUUUGAACUUCCAUUGCAUUAUCAUACUAUGCAAGCAUGUAGGGCAGGAUGGGUUGUGUAUUUUUUUCAUAUUGCUCAUUUCUUCCCCCAUAUAGGUCCCAUGAUAACACCUGAAAUCGUACUGCAAAAUUAUUUCAUUAAUUCACAUCAUUGACCUGACUCAUAACAACACCCCUUCCCCCUUUAAAGACCUCCCAUCAAAGCCUUUCACACUGUUCUAAUCAGUAUCAACAAUUUACAUAACUGUCCCAUACCUGACUUUCUCAGACUGUUUUUUUAAAAAAGAUGUACUGUGAACACAAAGUAGUAUUUAUAUCUUAAAUAUAUGUUAAAA